AUGUCUUCGGCUACUGCUGAAUGCGAACGCUGUCGAGAUGGAGAUUUGAAUAACCAUUGGGAUCAUCGGACCAAAGCGACAUUCCAAACGAUAUAUGACAGAGUGAAGUUUCUCCUCGAGAGCAGACCGCGUGAAUGGAAGAAAGACCUCCAAGGUUGGAAGAAAGAACUCCAAGGAGCGAUGCGAGAGCUGUUGGCAAAGCACAUUGGUGAUUCUCUCUACUCUGCGUAUCAACGCGCAAUCGGUCGACAAAUUGUCAAGACAAAAGCUGUUUUCGACGGGUCAAAUCUCUUCCCCCAAAAAGAUGACCCGGGCGCGCCAAAUCAUUUCAGAUGGGCCUUCAACGGAAACUAUACAGGCUUCCCUGCAAACAGACUGAGUUCGUGGAGCCAACCCCAUAUUCUAGAGUGUUUCGAGGCUCUCGAGAGUGACGAAUUAUAUAUCGAGGACUUGGAAAAAGCGCCAGGCCGAGAUGAACCUAAACUUCAGCUUGCAAGGGCCACGGAAGAUGCGUUCAGAAAGCAUAUCUUGGAUCAUACAGGCAGAGCCGUAAAGGAUCUUCAAAAGUGUCUCGUCGGAGACGGUUCUGCUGGUCUUAGAGGCUGGAUGUGGGACUUUUCAUGGGAAGAAGAGUUUCACAAAUUUCCACAUCAGAGAUUGCUGUGGAAAUGGAGUGACAAAGAUUUGAAAGCUUCAAUGGAAUUAUUGAAAAACGGAUCAUUGAAGCUCGUUCGAAUUGAGAGCCUGCGAUCAAGUUCAUCGUCAGCGUCUUGCGAGAAGGCCAUUAAGAAAGAAACCAAAGCUACGAAAGCUGCACGACGGCGUGGUAAUACGAUGGUUCCUAGCUCAGAUGAUGAAGACGACGAGGAAAAUGAGCCACAUAACGAUGACGAGCAUGAUGACGACUUCGACAGCGGAAGCACUGUGGUUGUGGACGAAGGCUCCAACUCCGGCGACUUCGAACGUUUACUGCCUAUGACCCGCCAGUUGCUGAAAUAUCUUGCAAGGCUUGAAAAGCAGCAACUGAAGGUGUUAGAGCUGCAAACUUUGAACAACACCCUACGGAACAGCAAUACAGACCUGGACAAAAAGAUUGAAGAUACAAAGAAACAUCUUAAGUCGGCUAGACGUUUCAAUGAGAUCUUGUUGGAAAAGCUCGAAGGAAAGGAACUGGAGGUCAAAGAAAUGAAAACGAAAUGCGAUCGUUUGGAGCGGGAAAACGAAGAACUGAGCAGGAAAUAUGCUGCUUCGGAACAGAAACCGGAGGUCAAAGAAAUGAAAACGAAAUGCGAUCGUUUGGAGCGGGAAAACGAGGAGCUGAGCAGGAAAUAUGCUGCUUCGGAACAGAAAAGAGAAGAGGCUGAAACAGUGGCUUACAUUGCCAUAAAUAGAGCGACGACCGUGUCCGAAGGCUGUGAUGCCUUAACUGCCGAGUUCAAGCAACAAAACAAGAGCAAUAGAGCGUUGAUAACGGGAAUGCUGGCAAGCAUUGAAAGAAGUCACUCUCCUGUUCUCGAAACAAUAACCAGACCGACCGAGCCACCAGGUCAGGCCGGGCAUCAAGAAUCCCCACGCAAAAGUCACGCACGGCCUUCCAAUAUUCCGGCAGCUUCGAAGAUCAGCCAAAAUCCUCACUUAGGACACGCUGCGCGCACCCGACCCUUUCAGCAAAGUCUGAGUCAGCAAAGUCCUACACGUCCUACACGUCCUGCACUCAUCCCGAAGCCAAACAACGCACAUGUUUUGACAUUCAACUGCCAACCCCCUUCAAGCAAUGGCCGAGAAGGCACAGGAACAAGUGCAAAGAAUACACCAACUGCUCCGGGUAGUGAAAAUAUUGCCCAGGGAGAUACAGAGUGGCUGCAAACAGAAUCACCAGACUGCAAAAUUUUCAGGAUCAGGCUUGCUGAUGACCAGGGUGGCCAAAUGUUCUCCUUUAAACGAGAAUGGUCUGAUGAUGAAAGGCCCCAGACCACCUCCAAAAAAGCAAGGAAUUAG